AUGCAUUAUCCUCCUUCGACUCUUUGCAGGUAUGAGCAGCUGGAUUCACUAAGCUCUGCAGUUAAGUCUCCUUUGAAGCCAUGGAAGUGCAAAAUGGAGAUGAAAACUGAAAAAGAACCUGAAUAUAUAGAAGGUCUAGCAUUUGGACCGAACCGGAACCGGAACCUGUUCAGAAACGCAACAGGUUUGGGAGAAAUCAAUGGACCGUCGACCAGACCGUUAGGUGCAUACCGGUGCGGUUUUCCAGUUGGAAUCAUACAACAUGCAAUGUGUAUGGUACAAGUCGAUGAAGAAAUUGCUAUGUAAUAGUUUAGAUGAGUUAUUUGAGUAGCUUGAACAUUUACAAGUUUAUGAGUUAUUUGAGUUGUUGU